CUAGAGCUGUCAACCUGGAAAAUGGGUGAGGACUCGCUGUUUACGGAUCCCACCUUCCAUGGAGACAGCGCCUUGGGCUCGUGCGGUGUGCAGGAGUGGCGGAAGCCAUUUAAAUGGAUUCGAGCGAAGCAACUUCAUAAGAAUGCCAAGCUCUUCUCCGUGAUCGAGGCCGACAACAUCAAGCAGGGCGAGCUUGGCGACUGUUGGUUGCUGGCGGCCAUUGCAGUCAUGGCUGAUUUUCCAGGACAUAUCAUGAAUCUUUUCGAAGUUCCGAGCCUCACCGACAAUGGGCGAUGCGUUGUGAGGCUCUAUGAUCUGAGAUCUGGAUGGGAAGAUGUGGAAAUUGAUGACUUGAUUCCAUGUGAUCGGUAUGGUGCGCCCCUCUUCGCUCAGCUGGAGGGAGACAGUGGGAGUCUUUGGGCACUGCUGCUUGAGAAGGCCUUCGCAAAGUUCGUGGGAAGCUAUGAGGCGCUUAUUGGCGGCAGCACUCCUUGGGCUUGGCAGGUUCUCACCGGGCAGCCUUGGAUGGCGCGGUGGACACGUGACAAGGGUGCAUGGACCAGAUGGGAAAUGUGCGACAUUGCAGAUUGCUUCUCCAAAGAUGAGUCGAAAGCAAAGGAGGCUGCAAAGAAGUGGCGUGUUGAUGGCAUGCGACGUGGCAGAUGGAGAGGGCCUGCUGACACAGCAGAUGAUGAAAGCAUGUUCCAGGCUAUGGCUUCAUACACUCAAGCUGGCUUCGCAAUUAGUUGCUCAAUCGGUGAGGGUGACAAAGCAGAGGAAAGGCGCCCUGAUGGGCUACUUGCGAAGCAUGCGUACUCAGUCCUCCAGGUCCUAUGUGCUUUCGGACAGCGGUUGGUGGAGGUGAGAAAUCCUUGGGGAAGGGGUGGUGAGUGGAAUGGAGCUUGGUCUGAUGACAGCCCGGAAUGGAAAAAACAUCCGGAGAUUGCGGAAGACUUGAGGGUUGUGGAAGCAGAUGAUGGCCGCUUUUGGAUGCCUUGGGACGCCUUUGCGGCCGUGUUUGGCGCGCACAUUAUCGUUUGUCCUGUCACUCUGCCUUGCCCAAACAAUUCCCAGAUUUUAGAUGAGUCAUCAGACAGGAAGGAGCGAAAGGUGAAAUGCCCACAGUGCCGACAGCCCUACACCAAGAGCUGGGUCUUGUUGAUUGACAAUGAGAGUAGGAAAGAUCCGGCAGGUGCAUGGACACGGCUUGCAGAUGGGAAAACCCUGUGUUUUUUAUGCAUGCGAGCCACCUGCCGUGCUAGUGAGAAAUAUCUUAGAGGACUGCGAAUAGCUCCUGGGAUUGCAGGGCUGCACAAACAGACGAAGCUGGCGCUUGCUCCUCCCAAAGGUCCUCGAAAAGCGAAGUUGGAGGUGUGCAGGUAUGGUGCUUCAUGUUAUCGUCGAAACCCGCAGCACUUUCACGAAUGCUUUCAUCCGAGCCUGUUACCUCCAGCGCCUGCUUGCGAGAGUGCUUGUGGCCGUUCAGCAGCCUCUGGCUUCAAGACUUGCUGCAAGAGCUGCAACAGCACUCCACCCAAUUUGCUCGUCAGCAUUCCCGGAGAGCAUGCAGAGAUGUCUGGGCUGUACACCGCUUCAUCCAGGCGUGAACGUGGAGUGCCGGUUUGGAAGCAGUCCAAGGGGAGCGGCUGGAUGUGGAAGGGCCAUGUGUGGAUGAUGGGAAUGCAAGAAGACAGAGUUGGUGGAACGAGUGGCCUCAUUGCAGAGGACACUGGUGACAGCAUGCCCGUGCGUUCCCCUCAUUUGGCCUCGAAAUGGCAGGCGGCUGGCAAAGGUGGCUGGAAUCCUCUUGAGGGGAUGAAAGUGGAAAUUGAUGCGGCCAGUGCAUCAGCAAAGCAUGACGAUUUCUGCAACACUCGGGAUGGGAGAGAGCUGGACCUGCAAAACCAGGCCGACCAAGUGCUGAUCAAGUGGUCCUCAGUGAAAUCCAAGACUGGAGAGGUCUGAGCGAUUAGGUCUUUGCACUACAAUACUUUAUGCGUUAGUCUGAAAAUUGGUAUGCCCGC